CAGGACAAACCAAACGGAGCCUAGAGGAAGAGAGGCUGGCACUACUGUCCGAGGUACAUAAGAACAAUAACCAACAGGUGGUGAAGGAUAAAAUGGAGAGGACAUUUGCCUAUAGGCGUCAUGAGGUGAUUGAAGACAAGCCAUUCAUUGCCGAAUUCAAAAGAAGGUGGCCGGCUCUCUUUUCUGAGCGUGAGGUGGAAGCAGAGUUUGCUCGCAUCACCACUGUCCCACUGAGAUCUAAGUUCAUGCAGCAGCUAGAUCAUCACUCCUCCAAGCUGUUAAGGAUUUUCCAGAAAAAAGGUGGUGCCGCUGGGCAGAAAAUAAGGAAUAUCAUGGCAGAAUACGACAAGAAUGACGCCAUCGAGACAAGGAGAGCCUGCGUUAUAAAAGCACUAAUUGUGUACCUUAAUGAAGACCCCGAAAGCCUGAUUAGAGAGUACCUCGAUGUUGAGACUGACCAGAGUGUAGAUCAGAUGGUCUUGGGAAUCUUCGCCAUAAAGAAGGAAGGUGCAGAGCCAACGGAUUCCCUCGCAGAUGUGGGGAUUGUAAUUGAAGGUGUGGAAGUGCUGAACGAUCUUCAAAACAUUGCGAACGCACUGGCAAUUUUAUUUGGACUCACAUAUGCAUUGGACUUGAGCUAUCCAAAAAACCUGAGAUGCACGUUUGAGGUUCUUCAAAAGAUCCUGAUGGAAAUGGAUGUUCGCCACCUGUCGUCAAAGGCUCAAGUGCUGAAAAACAAACUGUUUGAAUGAACUACUUGAACACUACAAGUGGAACGCCUUGAAACGGCACGUUGGAUAUCUUGGAGCAGGGGUUUUAUCCAAAUAUUUCGGAGGGAAUUUUAUCUAUGGAAUGUUACUGAAUAGGAAUGUUACAAAUGAUUAAUGUCGUACAGUUUAUACGUACAAGUUGCAGUUUGGGCUAUGUGGUUAAAACAUGGUGCUCUUUUGAAAAUUGUUGUUGCUAGCUAAAUGUUGUGCAACUUUUUCUAUUAAGGUGAUAGCAAACUAAUUAUGUAUAUUUACCAGGUCAAUAAUAUACUACCGUAUCCAGCUAAGAGCAACAUUAGCCUGGAAAUGUCUGUUCUGACAAGUGUGUUUCCAAUAUUUACUCAUCCUUUAGCUCUGUUUUGGUCUCAAUACUGUUGAAGGUUAUCUCGCUCCUCGGCUGCUGGAUGUUUAGUUUUCCUCUCCAGCUGGUCGCUAACUUUGGGGGCCAGGUGCUUCGUCGCCUGCUUAAUGAUAAACGUGGAGGGAAUUGAGAGUCGAUCAGAGCUGGCUUGCUGAAUUUUUUUGGAUUUAGACAGAAUUAAGAAUUAGACAACACCAAACAGAAAAUAUGCUAUAAAACCAAAACAAUAAUCUAGAAAACUAUUGUUCCGGUUUUCAUUAUCUCCAUAGCAACAGUUGAUGACAAGAGACAUUUAUAAACGUUUUACACAUUUUGUAGUUUACUUUUCUAUUUAUGUGACGACUUACAUGCAAUGUUUAGUUUCAGUUUGGGCUAUGUGGUUAAAACAUGGUGCUCUUUUGAACAUUUUUGUUGCUAGCUAAAUGUUGUGCAACUUCAACCUUUUGUUUGUUGAUAAGGUGUGAUACAAAGAAGUCUUUAUGGGUUUCCAUGAUUUUAAACUUGGUAAACCUGGUUGCCUAUGUGGUUAUAUCGCGUUUCAUGUGAAAUAAAUGUAUUUUUUUCACUGAACCUUAAGUCAGUUAAUUUGAAUUUACUUAACUACACUUCGUGGAAUUUGUUGACAUAGUCUGGUUUAGUAAGUGAACUUAAAAUGACUUCCAUUAUAGCAAUGAAUACCAGUUAAGUAACACGGAAUGCAGUAGUUUCCAAAAUGAUUUAAGUUUGAACUACAAAUUAAAGUUAAGUUGAUCUUACUAAAUACAGUUGAGUAUAGCAGUUCUUACUUUUAAGUAACAUGAAUAUAGGUGAGUUAAGUUAGCAUUAUAUAAUAUCUUUAUGUUGGCAUUAAUCAAAAAAAUCAAGUAUGUCUAAAGAAACUGCACUGUGUUGACUUAAUAUUGCUCAGUUAAGUUAGCUGGACACAGAGCUAUUAAUUAAAUCCAGGGUGACCGGGUAUUGUUGAAGUUAAUUAACACGGUCGCGUUGGCUCAACAUAAGUCAGUUAUAUUCUUCUUACUAGUAAUAUUUAAUUAUAAUCUACUCAACUCAGUUUCGUGGAAUUUGUUGACAUAACUUUAUUAAGUAAG